CUUCUGAAAAGCAUGGCUGUUCAGUGCUCUGGGCUUGAAAGUGGUUCCGGGUCCAUUAUGCUGAUUGGAGGCCCCUCCCUUUUCCCUCGGCCCGGGUCCAGCUUAGAAGUGAUAAAUCCUCGGAGGAACUGGGCCAGAGACGGGAGUAAUGGUGCAAAGAGCGCCCUGGGUGGGGCUGCUCAGCCCUGCGCCCUGGAGAUCAGGGCACAGGCGGCACAGCUGACACGGGUGACCUUUCCCCUACAUUCGACUAUUUUUAGCUCCAAUGCCACCCGCUCACGUGAGACCCGGUGCCCCACCCCCACCCUCCGAGCCGGGUCCCCAGACCUUUGAGCAAUCUUCACCUUGCGGAAAGCUGCCCUCCCACUCCCGAUUUCCGCCAUGGAGGGGAGGGUUCUGGUUGCCGCCCCGCAUCUGUUUUCUCAACCCAAAUUUGGGAGAGGGUGUCAGGUUCCGGGGAGGGCGGGGCGGGGUGGCCGGUCUGAAGGACGCGGGGACACGGGCCAGAGCGACUGGCCCCACACGCAGGCAGGAGGGAACCCGAACACCUUUCUGCUCCCUCCCAGGUGCCACCCAACCCCCAGGAUGGCGGAAGCGCACCAGGCUGUGGCCUUCCAGUUCACUGUGACCCCAGAUGGGUUCGACUUCCGGCUCAGUCGGGAGGCGCUGAAACACCUCUACCUGACUGAGAUCAACGCCUGGAAGAAACGCCUGAUUCGCAUCAAGAAUGGCAUCCUUAGGGGUGUGUAUCCUGGCAGCCCUACCAGCUGGCUGGCUGUCGUCAUGGCAACAGUGGGUUCUUCCUACUGCAAUGUGGACAUCUCCAACGGGCUGGUCUAUUACAUCCAGAAACACCUCCCCGAGAGGUAUGUCCCCUACCAGACCCCACAGACACGGGCACUGGUCAGCAUGGCCAUCUUCUCCACGGGGGUCUGGAUCGUGGGCAUCUUCUUCUUCCGCCAAACCCUGAAGCUGCUGCUCUCCUACCAUGGGUGGAUGUUUGAGAUGCAUGGCCAGACCAGCCGCAGCACCAAAGUCUGGGCGGCCUGUGUCCGCCUUCUGUCCAGUGGGCGGCCCAUGCUGUACAGCUUUCAGACGUCCCUGCCCAAGCUUCCCGUGCCCAGCGUGCAAGCCACCAUUCAACGGUAUCUGGAGUCUGUGCGGCCCUUGUUGGAUGACAAGAAGUAUCAGCGCAUGGAGAUACUAGCCAAGGAAUUCCAGGACAAGACUGCCCCCAGGCUGCAGAAGUACCUGGUACUCAAGUCGUGGUGGGCAACUAACUAUGUGAGUGACUGGUGGGAAGAAUACAUCUACCUUCGAGGCAGGAAUCCCCUCAUGGUGAACAGCAACUAUUAUGCGAUGGACUUUGUGCUCAUCAAGAACACGGACGUGCAGGCUGCCCGCCUGGGAAACAUCGUUCACGCCAUGAUCACAUACCGCCGCAAGCUGGACCGCGAGGACAUCAAGCCUGUGAUGGCACUGGGCAUCGUGCCCAUGUGCUCCAACCAGAUGGAGAGGAUGUUCAACACCACGCGGAUCCCGGGCAAGGAGACAGACGUGCUGCAGCACUUCAACGAAAGCAGGCACGUGGCCGUCUACCACAAGGGCCGCUUUUUCAAGGUGUGGCUCUACGAGGGCUCCAACCUGCUCAAGGGCUCCAACCUGCUCAAGCCCCGGGACCUGGAGCUGCAGUUCCAGAGGAUCCUGGAUGACCCCUCCCCGCCCCAGCCCGGGGAGGAGCGGCUGGCGGCCCUCACUGCCGGCGGAAGAGUGGAGUGGGCACAGGCGCGCCAGACCUUCUUCAGCUCCGGCAAGAACAGGGCUGCUCUGGAUGCCAUUGAGCGCGCCGCCUUCUUUGUGGUCUUGGAUGAGGAGUCUCACAGCUAUGACCCCGACAACGAGGCCAGCCUCAGUCUCUACGGCAAGGCCCUGCUGCACGGCAACUGCUACAACAGGUGGUUCGACAAGUCCUUCACCCUUGUGGCCUUCAAGAAUGCCCAGUUGGGCCUCAACACGGAACACUCGUGGGCAGACGCCCCUGUCAUGGGGCACCUCUGGGAGUUUGCUCUGGGCACUGACAUCUUCCACCUGGGCUACACGGAGACUGGGCACUGCGUGGGCAAACCAAACCUCACACUGACGCCGCCUCAGCGGCUGCAGUGGGACAUUCCUGAGCGGUGCCAGGCGGCCAUUGAGAGCUCCUACCAGGUGGCCAAGGCGCUGGCCGACGACGUGGAGCUGUACUGCUUCCAGUUCUUCCCCUUCGGCAAAGGCCUCAUCAAGAAGUGCCGGACCAGUCCCGAUGCCUUCGUGCAGAUCGCCCUGCAGCUGGCUCACUUCCGGGACAAGGGCAAGUUCUGCCUGACCUAUGAAGCUUCGAUGACCAGACUGUUCCGGGAAGGACGGACCGAGACUGUUCGUUCCUGCACCAACGAGUCCACGGCCUUCGUCAAGGCCAUGGUGCAGGGGUCCCACACGAAAGCAGACCUCCAGAAUCUCUUCCGGAAAGCCUCAGAGAAGCACCAGAACUUGUACCGCCUGGCCAUGACGGGGGCUGGCAUCGACAGGCACCUCUUCUGCCUGUACGUGGUCUCCAAGUACCUGGGGGUCAGCUCCCCUUUCCUGGCUGAGGUGCUCUCUGAACCCUGGCGCCUCUCCACCAGCCAGACUGCUCAAUUCCAGAUUGGCAUGUUUGACCCCAAAAAGUACCCCAAUCAUCUGGGCGCUGGUGGCGGCUUUGGCCCGGUGGCGGAUGACGGCUAUGGGGUUUCCUACAUGAUCGCGGGUGAGAACACCAUCUUCUUCCACAUCUCCAGCAAGUUCUCCAGCUCAGAGACGAACGCCCAGCGCUUUGGGAACCACAUCCGCCAAGCUCUGCUGGACAUCGCUGAUCUUUUCAAAGUGUCCAAGGCUGACAGCUGAGGGCUGGGGAAGUGCCAGCUGCCCUUCCGUCCCCACGUGUGGAGGAGUGGGCCUGUGGUCAGCUUGCAGGCCCCGGGUGGCCAUGCACAGAGGCCCAGGCUCCAAGGACAGCUCUGGCAGCGGCGUUCCCCAGGCAGACACUGCUCCCUGAGGACCCACCGGGUGGAGGUGGGGUUGGUUGGAGCAGGGAGGGACUUUUGAUUUUUUCUUGCUAGAUACUAAUAAAGAUAAGGCUGUGGGAUCCUCCCUGAGCCCUUAGGUUCCUGUGUUUUGUUUGGGAACUAGGAGGCUCUCCCCUGCCCCAGCUCAGGCCAGAGAGGUGGCAAGGGAGGGGCUGAGGCUGGGAGACUGAACGGCUUUGACCUGCUUGGAAAUGUGUGUCUCUGCUGAGGUCACUGUCCACACCCUCUAUGUGCACUUGGAAUAAAUUAUGGCUUCAGAACUUUCA